CGCGCAUCACCGGCUAGCAUGUUAGCGCGAGGCUGUUAGCUUCGCUACAUUAGUAAUGUUUUAACUAACGUUAGUCGGUUUUAUACCAACAAUUACAACUUACCAUCACGCUAUUAGCAAACUCGUAAAUCGCAACGUAUAUGCAAAACGACGCAUUUCAACAAGGAAAAAAUCGCGUCUCGAGACAGAAUGGAAGAACAAGCGAGCAACACCAUUGAGGUGACUGUGAAAACCCUGGACUCUCAGAGCAGGAGUUACACAGUUGAGGCACAGAUGACCGUGAAAGAUUUCAAGGAGCACAUUUCACCAUCUGUUGGAAUUCCUGUUGAUAAACAAAGGCUUAUUUACCAGGGGAGAGUACUUCAAGAUGAGAAAACCCUCACAGAGUACAAUGUGGAUGGAAAAGUGAUUCACCUUGUGGAGCGGGCCCCACCACAGACCACACAGCAGGGCUCUGGAUCAGGUGGUGUACCUGGUUCCUCUGGGGCGACACAGGGAGGAAAUCAAAACCCGAAUUCAACCAGUAGCACUCAAGGGACUCCGCUUGGGCCUACGCAUGAUCGCAACGCCAAUAGCUAUGUGAUGCUGGGGACUUUUAAUUUGCCUGUUAACAUGAUGGACCCUCAGCAAAUACAGAUGUCCAUUCAGCAGAUGAUGACAGGACUGGGAGACAGUGCAAGGAAUCCACGAGUCAGUACCAGCACUGGGACCAAUGGCUCUGUGAAUGUUCAGAUAGAUUUUGACCAGUCAUUGCAGAGUGAGCCAAGACUGCGCCUGCUGCUGGCUGAAAACUUGUUGAGAGACACCAAUGCUGUGAUUCAGAGACUGGAGGGUCAGCCAGCGGACGGCUCCUCUUCUCAGGAGGACUCUGCACCUCCACCUGCCUCCUCCACUUCUACUCCAUCUCCUUCUGCGCAGCCUAUGGACACUUCUCCACCUCCGUCUACUACGCCACCAUCCUCAUCCUCCUCCACCCAGACUGAGGGAGCUCCACCUCCUGCGGCAGGCCUCAGUCACCCGAGCCCAGCUGAGAUGGUGGAGAUGUUGUCAGAGCUGCGGAGGGUGGAGGAGAGACUCCAGCCCUUCAUUCAGAGAGCUCACCUCAUUCUAGAGGCUGCCACCACCGCAGAUUACAACAACAAUACUCAAGAGAGGGAUGAGGACCAGCGCAUUCUCAACCUGGUGGGGGAGGCCCUUCGUCUCCUGGGAAACGCUCUGGUGGCCCUCAGUGACUUGCGCUGCAACCUCCUAAGCAACCCUCCACGACACCUGCAUGUCAUCCGGCCCAUGUCCCACUACACCUCCUCUGUUUUGACCCCAGCAGGCGUUCACCACCUUCCCAUGCAGUUGAAUCUUGGAUCUUCUGUGGCCAUGUCAGCCAAUGGCAGACCAGCAGCUGACGGUCAACCUCAGACUACUGGCCAAUCAGAUCAGCAAGGCCAGGGACCAACAGCUGCCAAUCAACCUGGUCCAGCCAAUCAGCCCAGUGGACAAACAGGACCCAGAGUCAUCCGGAUUAGUCAUCAGACCAUGGAGCCUGUAGUGAUGAUGCAGAUGAACAUUGAUGAUUCUGGAAAUGCUGCACAGCCUAAUGGACAACAGAAUGGGACUGGCACCGGACAGCCUGGUGCUCCCCCUACUGUUCAGAUUCCUGGUUUACCUCCAGAGUUCAUGCAGGCAAUCGUGCAUCAGGUCACUCAGCAAGCCAUGGCCAUGGCAAACGCUGCCUCUACUGGCCAACAGACGCAACAUACACCCCCUCCAGCCGCAAAUACAGGCUCCACUCCUCCUCCGAUGCCACCUUACCCACCGCAGGCCAGAGUGGUGUUUACCAGACCCUCCUUUACCCACAGGAUGUCCAGCCCUACUUUCACCACCAGAGGGGCCACCAUCAACCUCAGGGCAGCUGUCCCAACCAUGAUGGGCCAACAGCCAGGACAGGCUGGACACUUCCCUCCGGCCGCUCUGAAUCAGAUGAUUGGAGGACUGGUUGGGCAGCUUCUGACAGGAGCUGCUGGACAGACGGCCAGCCAAACCGUAGCAUCCACUGCACAAACGUUCACCUUCACCACGUCUGCUUCCACAAGCACUCCAUUUGCCUCAACAACCACCACAAGUGCCUCUGGGCCGACACAGUCUAGCAGUAGCAGUAGCAGUACCAGCACUAGCUCCAGCUCCAGCUCCAGCUUCAGCACCAGCACUUCCCAGACAGGAUCUGUACCACCGCCCCCUCAGGAAAACCCUUUUGGGGGAAACCUGGAGCAGUUGUUGGGCUCUUUGCUGGGUGGAGCUGUUGCCGCAGGUGGCCCAAGCCCUUCCAUAACAGUCACAAUGCCUGGGGUUCCCACCUUUAUACAAGGGGUCACAGACUUCAUGCAGGCUUCCCAAACACUUUUCUCUCAGCCUCCUGCGGGACAGCCUCCCACCUCGACCCCCAGUGCUCCCACAGCACCACCAAACACAGCCAGCGCUCCCGGAGCCACAGCAGCCGCCGAAGGCCUGAACCCUGAGCUCUUCACCGGGAUAGUGCAAGGCGUCCUGUCCACCAUGAUGGGCUCCCUGGGUACCCCUCAAAAUGAAACCGAGAGUAUUGCUCAGUUCAUCCAGAGACUCUCCCAGACCAGCAACAUCUUCACUCCUGGUACUGGAGACGCUAUGGGUUUCUUCGGUGAUCUUCUGGCUUUGGUGUGCCAGAACUUCUCUAUGGUGGACAUGGUGCUGUUGCUUCAUGGGCAGCACCAGCCGCUGGGGCGAAUCCAGCCACAACUCGCACAGUUCUUCACUGAGCAUUUCCUGCAAGGCCGUGAGCCCACUGAGGCCAAUAUUACUGCAGCUGCUGAUGACUUAAUCGCUGAACUUGAGGAAUACAUCACAGAAAGCUUUUCAACCGUGGCAGUCCGCGAUGGAGUGGAUAUCACACAGACAAACCGGGCUUUUCUCAGACAGCAGCUCACAGGAAUCGCCACCCACAUUCUGCAAUGCACCGAUCAGACAUUUGGGCCUCGGCUACUGCAGCUGUGUAAUCGCGCUCUCUUUGAGUGUCUGGCUCUCAACCUCUACUGUCUGAAUGGAGAACAAAGUGCCCUUACUGCCGUCAUCAACCACCGCAUUAGGACGAUGUCAGCGGAGGUGAACCCUAGCCUGGUGAACUGGUUAACCAGUAUGAUGACCAUGAGGCUGCAAGUGAUAUUGGAGCACAUCCCCAUCACAGAGGAACAGAUCACACAUUACAUCAUCAACAGACAGAGUGAAGAAUCUGUACAAAGGCCUACGCCGGAUCCUGAGCCUCAGAAUGUGGAGAUGGGGGACAGUCUCUCUCCGACUCCUGCUACUACAGCAGAAGAAGCUCUGGCCUCAUCCCAGGACACAGGAGCAGUGGGAGCUCCAGCUAGAGAUGGAGAGGGAGCUGUUGGAGGAGAGGAGACUGGGAGAGAUGCUGAAGCCUGGGCUGCUGCGUUGCCCCCUGAAUGGGUUCCCAUUAUCAGACAAGAUCAGGUCAGUCAGAGGAAGAUGAAGGCCCAGCCUCCUCUCUCUGAUGCAUAUCUGCUCGGGAUGCCAGCAAAGCGCAGGAAGAUGGUGAAGAGUGAUGGGCUCAGACUGUCUCUCUCUGAGGCAGUGAGUCAAGCGGCCAGAUCAGCCGGUGUAACACCCAUCACAGCUCCUAAUGCCCUAGAAGGGGACUUAGAAAAUCCUGAGCUUCAGGAAGCCUACAGUGAACAGCUGAAAAACGACAUCCAGAAGCGAGUAAAGGACGACCCAGAUUACAACCCCAGGCGGUUUCCUAACACACAUCAGGUGUUUCCUCCAGACUCCUAAUUUUUCCUCUUGCUUACAUGUUCAGCCCUGUUCCUCGCGUGGGGUGUGUGUUUGAUUUGCACAGUUGUGUGUUGUCAGACGAGACGACUUCACUCUUCACAUUUCUAUCAGUAUCUUUUAACAGACUAUGAGUCUCGGCUUGCAGGACCACGUCUGGAUGCUUCAUCAGAUGUUCUAUUGUGUAGUUCGUGCAUGUAUGGAGGAGUCGCGUGCUGUCUGUGCACACGCAACAUCUGAUAAGCAUCUCUUCCUGGUCAACACAGAUACAUUUGUGUCAAGAGGCGGUCUGAGCGCCACCGCUGCAUCACAACUGUGUUAUGGUGCAGUCUGAUAAAUAAGUAAGUGAAUCCAGAAAGAUAUAUGUGCCGAUAACAAAAGGAUUAAACUGAUAAUGCAGAAAGGAUGCUGUUGUUUAAAGCUUUACUGAUAAUAUAACAUUACGCCUUGCCUUUCACCUCUCCCAUGAUUCUGCUACGGCUUUAUCUAUGGUACCUUGCAAAAUAAUAAUCAAUGUGUGUAAUUAUGUAAUUUGGACAUGACAUUUGAAACCAUGAAUGUAAAAUGCCUGAAAUUAAACAUUUUUGCACUGGU